GGGCUAGGGUUUUUAUUAAAUAGGUAAGAAAAGUGACAAAUGAUGAGAAACUUACUUAGAUAUCUGAAGAUUCAAAUAUCAACACUUCAAAACCUAGAUCUGCUUUUCCUGAGUUUGGAUUAGGGUUUUGAUUUUGAGAUUUCAAAACCCUAAUACAAGCUCAGAUGCUUUAAUAACCUUUGCCUUGCCUUGAACGGUUGAACCAAUGGGACGAAAUUAUGAACUGGUGGAGAUUUGGAGUGGAGAAAAGAGAGAACUCCUCUCUCUGGCGGAAGAGAAAGAAGCAGAGGAAAUAUCCAUCAAUCAAGCCGCUCUUUAUCAGAAAGAAUAGGCUUGCAAUUGCAAUUAAGAAGAUCUAUUGUACGCUGCUUAUAAUCUGCUUGGCCCAACUUGUUUCUAUGUCCAAUUUCUUGAAUACCUUCUUCUUCUAGACCUACAGCAAUUCGCAUUUAACGGAUCAACUAGAAGUUACUUUUGCACCUUUCAUCUAAGGAGGACCUACGUCCAAAUAUUAUGUCCUUCAAUUGGCUUUCUCAUUGACUGAAGGCAGAGGUGAUCUCUUCUCCUCAGUUGGCUAAUCAAACUCCUCUCAUAAGGAAAAAUCAGGCUGCUGCUACUUCUAAUUUGGUUGGCGUUGUUCUGUUAUCAGUGUCCAACUUGAAUUUCUUUCUACUAAACCUGCUCCAGGAAUUCAUCUAUGGAGAAAGUUAUGGAGAAAGUUAUUGAGACAGGUGAGAAUGCUAUAGACCACUACAGCAACCUUGAAGAAGAUGCGAAUAAGUUGGAAAGCGAAUUUCAGGUUCUAAAGAGGAGAAAAAUCGACAUUAAUUCAAAAAUAGAAACAGAGGCUCGCUCGCCGCAAGUGGUGAAAGAAGAAGUAAGGGGCUGGCUUGAAGAUGUUCAAAAGAUGGAAGAAGACAUACAAGAUGUUCAAGGAAGGGUGUCCAGUGUUUCAUGCCUCAAUCGUAUCAGUCUCGAUAAACUCGUGCGUCAAAAAAUUGAAGAGGUGAAGAGAAUGCAAGAGAGGGGCAAUUUCAAUGAAGGCCUUGUGAUUGAGAGACCUCCAGCUCGUGGAAUUAGAAUUCCAACAGAAAAUAUAGAAGGUGAAAUUUCUACUAAAGGUGAAAUUCAGAAGCACCUGAUGGAUGACCAGGUUGGAAUGAUUGGAGUUUGUGGGAUUGGUGGUGUUGGUAAAACUACAAUUAUGAAGCAUAUUCACAAUGAUUUGUUGAGGGAGGACAAAUUUCAGAAAGUGAUGUGGGUUACUGUAUCAUACCCUCUCAAUGUUUUUGCAUUACAAAAGAAGAUUGCUGAUGCUAUGAAUGAGAAACUCAAGGAAGAUGAUGAAGAAAUGAUCCGGGCAGCAGCACUAAUGGAUAUAAUGGGAAGUAAGAGUUUUGUGCUAAUAUUAGAUGAUGUAUGGGAAAAUUUUUCUCUCAUGAAUGUUGGAAUCCCGGAACCAGUGCAGAAUAAGAGCAAAGUAGUCAUCACUACUAGAUCUAUUGAAGUAUGCAAGCAUUUGGAUUGUAAGAUUGUUAAAGUGCAGCCUCUCACCAGAGGAGUCUCAAAACCUAUUCCUUAAGAAGGUUGGAGGUGAUGUUUUACAAAAAGUUCCAGGAUUGGAAGAAACCUUGAAGCUUAUUGUGAAGGAGUGCAAGGGCUUGCCACUGGCCAUUGUUGUAAUAGCAGGGAGUUUGAAGGAAGAAUAUGAUAUUGCAGAGUGGAGAAAUGCCCUAAAUGAAUUACGCUUAUGUGUAAAAAGUGUGAAAUGUGUUGAAGAUGAGAUAUUUGUACGGUUAAGGUUUAGCUAUGACCGUCUAAGAGAUUCGGAAAUCAAAGAAUGUUUUCUGU